AUGGACUACGUAGCGGGACUCUGGAAAGAUGCGCCUGCGGUGACCAGGACACUGACGGCCCUGCCAUUGAUAUUGCAUGUGGCUGGAUAUUUCUGGGCGCGGCAGCUAUCCCUUUUAAAUCUUUCGUUGGCCAGCUUCAGGCAAGGAUACUUUUGGGGAGUGCUGACAUCAGCUGUCUGGGAGCCUCCUGGUGGUCUGCUCCAGACGCUCUUUUGCCUCCUAAUAGCAUUCUGGACUCUGUCGCAGCUGCCGAGAGUUGAGCGCUCUCUGGGCUCCUCGAAGCUUCUCCUGGGUGCCAUCGUGGCUGCUGUCGCCAUCAACCUGCUCUUCUUGCUGAUGGCUUUUGGCCUCGACUGGCUCAGCCAACUUCAGGGCCAGGCCUCCGUGUGGCCUUUGAUCCGCAGUAGCGGCCUGGUCCCACUGGCCAUCUACGCCCUCACGCUGCAGAGCCUGCAGGCAGGGGAGGCGGAGACCAGCUUCUUCGGUAUCCCAAUGAAGGCCAAGUACUAUCCCAUGGUCUUGGUUGGGCUCUUCGCACUUCUGAACGGCCCGAUGUGGCUGCACUUGCCCUGGGCUUUUUGCACAGUCGAGCUCACUUGGAUUCAAGACUUCCCUCCGAUGGCAAGCUGCAGAGAUGGGAGAACUCUUCCUUCUCCUUCCUCCUGGGGCGGCGCCUAUUUGGCGGCCACUGGGUUCGAGUUGACCAAGCUGGCACCGGGAUCUCGGCGUGGGGUGGUGGUGAAGCUCUUCCUCGACACCACGUCAUCCGACAAGGUGUCGCCGCGAGACAUAGGAGACAUGCUUGUAGGCCGAAGCCGGGCCAAGAACUUUGAUCCACAGCUCUUGUACUCUCCAAACAUUCCAAACACCGACGGCUCAGAGGUUGGACCUCGACGGCCCAAAGAAGGCUAUGUCGAGGAUUUCAAGUUCCUACCUUUUGAGGCAGCGUUGGAGGCGCGUGUCCUACAGCCCCUGCAUCAUGUUGCGGAAACAGCUGCAAGGCCGCUGCUCUGGCGAGUUCUGCAGGAUGAGAAUGGCUUGUUGCGACACCUUGCCGCCAUUCGACUGGUGGCCUUCCUGGAGCGCGAAACCGCUGUGGGCGCACUGGUGAAGAGGAAGAAGGCCUGGAAUCUAUGGGUGCUUCAAGGUCUCAGACAUCUGCGCUUCGUCGGAGUUCGGCUGGUGGCGCAGCUGUGCAUGCAGAAUCUAUGCAUCUUGGACCCAUGCAAGGGGCCUGGGCUCAGCGAAGAUCCUUUCAUUCUUCUGGACUACCUCAAGCUGGGAUACCAGUCGCCUGCACCGCUUCCGGAAAUCCUGGACCCUGCUGCGAUGGAAGCUGGGUACAUCAACUCCCGGUCUUCGGAGCAGCUGGCAUGCUGGGAUACACAGAGUAGAACGCACUUCCUCUCCUGCCUGGAGCAUUAUGUACGUGUUGACGUACUGCAGAAGGAAGCAAUGACACUGGAGCAACGGAUUCGAUCUCUUGUCAGCGAGGCGUUGGAGAGCCGGCCGCUCACCUCCGGAGGUAGGAAUGAGGAGCCUCCGCGUACUGCGGACGUGCUGCAAAGGGUCCAGCAGAUGCACCGCCAGUACCUUCGGCAGAUUCUGCAGGCAUGUCUGCUGGUCCCUGACCUCAGCGCAGUCCUAGCGGAUCUCCACAAGCUGCUGACAAUGGCAGUUCACCUCAAGGGUGCCUUGGAGAAUAUGUUGCAGCAGCUUCAAGCACUUGAGUCAUCAAGGCAGAGGCCUUCUCCGCAAGCAGGUGCAGUGCAGCAGGCGUUGGACGCUGGACAAGCCUCGGCGGACCUUGCGGCUGCUGAAGGUCUAGCUCCAGAUGCUCAAGUCGCAGCAGCUGCCACUGCAGCUGCUGAUGCAGCAGCUACAUCCAACAUGUCGAUCGGAGCCCAGCUGUCCAUUUCCGCUGUCGCUGCAGCGAGGAUUGCUGCUGAGCGUGGGAUUUCCCAGGAUGAUGCUGCCGACAUAGCAGCUUCGUGCACGGAGAGAAUCACAAAAUCUGUGGGGCAGGAUGCGGAAGCCCAGGCUCAGGCGGCUGACUCCGCCGCUAUCAUCACAGGGUACCUCGUGGCAUGCUAUGCUGGAGGGGGUCCCAUUGCAGCAGGCUUGGAAGCAGCUAGGGCCAUGAGAGCAGCUGGUAGCAUCCCGCGGGAGCAACUGUCGGCUGCCGCAGACGCUGCCACGCACGGAGCUGUGGCAGCCAACAUACCAGCCGAGUUGCAGCUUGUGGCAGCCGCAGCCGCCGUCGGUCGUGCAACUGCAGUUGGCCACAUCUCUGCCCCCCAACGCGAGCGCAUCCAGCUUGUCCGAGAGCUUGCAGCGCAGCUAGGGAUAGACCUGUCGAGCAACAGCAGCAGCGGAAUGGAAGAGGAGGCGCUCAUGAUGGUAAUGGAGGCAGCAGCGGUGCAGGACGCAAAUGCCGACCCAGAGGUUGAGCAGCAAGAGGCUGAGCACAUUGUGGCUGGGGUCCAGCACAUGGAGCCUGAGAUGCGGAUGGCCCUGGAUGCGACAGAUCAGAAGGUAUCUGCAAUGCGGAGCGAGUUCCAGCGCGGGGUUCGCAUACCCGCCCUGUGCAUUGCACGCUGUUUCAGCCUAUACUGA